UGCAUCUCGUUCUCUCUCCCUCCCUCAUUCUCUCGCGGGCCAGGGAGGAGGAAGGACGUCAGUUUGAGCUCCCUGUCACUCCCUCACUCACGCACUCCUUCACUCAGCAUGGCUACGAUAAAGGUGGUGAUGAUGGCGGUGGUGAUGGUGUUGGUGCAAUGUGGAGGAGGUGGUGGUGGUGGUGGGGGUGGUGUUGAGGCUGCCCCCCCCACCUCCCUCCCCGCCAAGCCUGUACCCCGCCCCCCCAUCACGCCCCUUGCCCCCCCCAGCCCCGUCAAGCAGAAGUUGGCAGCCCACAAACUCCAGUUCCCUGUCAAGAGCUCGUUAAAGGGGAGAGUUGAGGAGGGUUCUUCGUCUUCCUCUUCCUCUUCCUCUUCCUCCUCCUCUUCUUCAGUGUCCGUUUCCGUGUCCUCCUCUUCCUCCUCUUCCCCUGCUGGUACGUCUCCAAUGCCUGAGUUCUCUUCCUCUUCCUCUUCCUCCUCCUCUACUUCUUCUGUGCAGCCUGAUUCCUCUUCGUCUCCUCCUCCUCCUACUUCUUCUUUCUCCUCCUCUUCUGUGCAACCUGAUUCCUCUUCAUCUCCUCCUCCUCCCACUUCUUCCUCCUCCUCCUCCUCCUCCUCCUCCUCCUCCUCGUCACCUCCACCUACCCGGCCAGCUUACAUCGAUUCCGGACUCUUCAGACAUCAAGUUGUGCAGGCGAGAGCGAGAACAAGCACGAGGGGGACGCCCACAAACCUCGAGGCAUCCACGGAGCCCACGACCACGCGACUCACGACCUCCCCCGACCCUGCCCCGACCCCGAGUCACCCAGAAACUGCCAGACUGGUGUCAAACGGCGAUUCUCACGACUAUGAUGGGUAUUUCUCGGUGUGGGAUGACCUCUCGCCCUUCGGUGGAGAAUUCGGGGGUUUUGGGCAUGAGCUGAGGUUCGCGGGUGGGUUCAGACCGGCCGGACACUAAACAGACAGUAGUAGUAGUAGUAGUAGUAGUAGUAGUAGUAGUAGUAGUAGUAGUGGUAGUGGUGGUGGUGAUGGUUGUGGUAUCAGUGCCUUAAAAGAUUUCAUUGUACUUAUUUUUGUAUUACUGUGUGUGUGUGUGUGUGUGUGUGUGUGUGUGUGUGUGUGUGUGUGUGUGUGUGUGUGUGUGUGUGUGUGUGUGUGUGUGUGUGUGUGUGUGUGUGUGUGUGUGUGUGUGUGUGUGUGUGUGUGUGUGUGUGUGUGUUCUGGGUUUUGUAAAGUAUUGUUGUGCAUAAAAAAAAUAAGUCUUCCAUUCUUUUGUAUUUCAUUUUUUUUUUGUUCCACUUUAUAAUGAAAAACGUCGCCUAUUAUUUUGCGCUUUCAUUUUCUCUCUCUCUCUCUCUCUCUCUCUCUCUCUCUCUCUCUCUCUCUCUCUCUCUCUCUCUCUCUCUCUCUCUCCCCCCCAUCGUGGCAUUCUAGACUAAAGGUUGUGAUUUUUUGUUACAUUAAACUGACCUGAUUGUAAUUCCCUUAAUGUAACCGUUAAUACAACUGUUAUGAUCAUGA